GGGCUCCGGGGGCGGGGUCUCAGGUUACAGCCCCACGGGGGGCUGGGGGCGGCCCGCGGUUUGGGCCCGUUUGCCAGCCUUUGGAGCGACCGGGCACAUAUAACGGGAGCCUCUGCAGGCAGAAGACGCAGAGCGCUGCUGGGCUGCCGGGUCUCCUGCCUCUUCCUCCUGCCCCUAGAGCCUCCUGCAUGAGGGCGCAGUAGAGACCCGGACCCGCUCCGUGCUCUGCCGCCUCGCUGCGCUUUACCCGGGCCAGGCUCUGCCAGGCCCCACGGUGAGCCAUGAUCCGCCUCGGGGCUCCCCAAUCGCUGGUGCUGCUGUCACUGCUCAUCGCCGCGGUUCUCCGGUGUCAGGGUCAGGAUGCCGAGGAUGCUGGCAGCUGUAUGCAGGAUGGGCAAAUAUAUAAAGAUAAGGAUGUAUGGAAGCCCACAUCCUGCCGCAUCUGUGUGUGUGACACUGGGAAUAUCCUCUGCGACGACAUAAUCUGUGAAGACAAAGAAUGCCUCAACGCCGAGGUCCCCUUCGGAGAGUGCUGUCCCAUCUGCCCAGCUGACCUCACCCCUGCCAGUGGACAACUAGGACCAAAGGGGCAGAAAGGAGAACCUGGAGACAUCAAGGAUAUCGUAGGACCUAAAGGACCUCCUGGCCCUCAGGGACCGGCUGGUGAACAAGGACCCAGAGGUGAUCGUGGUGACAAGGGAGAAAAGGGUGCACCUGGACCUCGUGGCCGAGAUGGAGAGCCUGGUACCCCUGGAAAUCCUGGUCCCCCUGGCCCUCCAGGCCCCCCGGGUCCUCCUGGCCUUACUGGAAACUUUGCAGCCCAAAUGGCUGGAGGAUUUGAUGAGAAGGCUGGUGGUGCCCAGAUGGGAGUGAUGCAAGGUCCAAUGGGCCCCAUGGGACCUCGAGGACCCCCAGGCCCUGCUGGUGCUCCCGGCCCUCAAGGAUUUCAAGGCAAUCCUGGUGAACCUGGCGAGCCUGGUGUCUCUGGUCCCAUGGGUCCCCGUGGUCCUCCAGGCCCUCCUGGGAAACCUGGUGAUGAUGGCGAAGCUGGGAAACCUGGAAAAUCUGGAGAAAGAGGCCUUCCUGGCCCCCAGGGUGCUCGUGGAUUCCCUGGAACCCCAGGCCUUCCUGGUGUCAAAGGUCACAGAGGUUACCCAGGCCUCGAUGGUGCUAAGGGAGAGGCUGGUGCUCCAGGUGUGAAGGGUGAGAGUGGUUCCCCCGGUGAGAACGGUUCCCCAGGCCCAAUGGGUCCCCGAGGCCUGCCUGGUGAGAGAGGACGGACUGGCCCUGCUGGAGCUGCUGGUGCCCGGGGCAACGAUGGCCAGCCAGGUCCUGCUGGACCUCCGGGUCCUGUUGGUCCUGCGGGUGGUCCUGGAUUCCCUGGAGCUCCUGGUGCCAAGGGGGAAGCUGGCCCCACCGGUGCACGCGGUCCUGAAGGUGCUCAAGGUCCUCGUGGCGAGCCUGGCAAUCCUGGGUCCCCUGGGCCCGCAGGUGCUUCUGGAAACCCAGGAACCGAUGGCAUUCCUGGAGCCAAAGGAUCUGCUGGUGCUCCUGGAAUUGCUGGUGCCCCUGGCUUCCCUGGACCCCGCGGUCCUCCUGGUCCUCAAGGUGCAACAGGUCCUCUGGGUCCCAAAGGUCAGAUGGGUGAGCCUGGCAUUGCUGGCUUCAAAGGUGAACAAGGCCCCAAGGGAGAAACUGGUCCUGCUGGGCCCCAGGGAGCCCCUGGUCCUGCUGGUGAGGAAGGUAAAAGAGGCGCUCGAGGGGAACCCGGCGGUGCUGGACCCAUUGGUCCCCCUGGAGAAAGAGGUGCCCCUGGCAACCGUGGUUUCCCGGGUCAAGAUGGUCUGGCAGGUCCCAAGGGUGCCCCUGGAGAGCGAGGACCUAGUGGCCUGGCUGGUCCCAAGGGAGCUAAUGGCGACCCAGGUCGUCCUGGAGAACCUGGCCUUCCUGGAGCACGGGGUCUUACUGGUCGUCCUGGUGAUGCUGGUCCUCAAGGCAAAGUUGGUCCUUCUGGGGCUCCUGGUGAAGAUGGUCGUCCUGGACCUCCUGGUCCUCAGGGAGCUCGAGGGCAGCCUGGUGUCAUGGGUUUCCCUGGCCCCAAAGGUGCCAAUGGCGAGCCUGGCAAAGCUGGUGAGAAGGGACUGGCUGGUGCUCCUGGUCUAAGAGGUCUGCCUGGCAAAGAUGGCGAGACAGGGGCUGCUGGACCCCCUGGCCCUGCUGGACCUGCAGGUGAACGAGGCGAGCAGGGUGCUCCUGGGCCAUCGGGCUUCCAGGGUCUUCCCGGCCCACCUGGUCCCCCAGGUGAAGGUGGGAAACAAGGUGACCAGGGUAUUCCUGGUGAAGCUGGAGCUCCUGGCCUUGUGGGUCCCAGGGGCGAAAGAGGUUUCCCAGGUGAACGUGGCUCUCCUGGUGCACAAGGCCUCCAAGGUGCUCGUGGCCUCCCUGGCACCCCUGGUACUGAUGGUCCCAAAGGUGCACCUGGCCCAGACGGCCCUCCUGGGGCUCAGGGCCCUCCAGGUCUACAGGGGAUGCCUGGUGAGAGAGGAGCAGCUGGUAUUGCCGGGCCCAAGGGAGACAGAGGCGAUGUUGGUGAAAAAGGUCCAGAGGGGGCUCCUGGAAAAGAUGGUGGACGAGGUCUGACCGGGCCCAUUGGGCCCCCAGGCCCAGCAGGUGCCAAUGGUGAGAAGGGGGAAGUCGGACCUCCCGGCCCUUCAGGCAGUACUGGCGCUCGAGGUGCUCCGGGUGAGCGUGGAGAGACUGGGCCACCUGGACCGGCUGGAUUCGCUGGACCUCCUGGUGCUGAUGGUCAGCCUGGUGCCAAGGGUGAUCAAGGAGAGGCCGGACAGAAAGGAGAUGCUGGUGCCCCUGGUCCCCAAGGCCCCUCUGGAGCUCCUGGGCCACAGGGUCCUACUGGAGUGACUGGUCCUAAGGGAGCCCGAGGUGCCCAAGGCCCCCCGGGAGCCACUGGAUUUCCUGGAGCUGCUGGCCGAGUUGGACCCCCAGGCUCUAAUGGCAACCCUGGACCCCCUGGUCCCCCUGGUCCUUCUGGAAAAGAUGGCCCCAAAGGUGCUCGAGGAGAUACUGGUUCCCCCGGCCGAGCUGGUGACCCUGGACUUCAAGGCCCUGCAGGACCUUCUGGCGAGAAAGGAGAACCUGGAGAUGAUGGUCCCCCUGGUUCUGAUGGUCCUCCAGGUCCCCAGGGGCUGGCUGGUCAAAGGGGCAUCGUUGGUCUGCCUGGACAGCGUGGUGAGAGAGGAUUCCCUGGCCUUCCUGGCCCAUCGGGUGAGCCCGGAAAGCAGGGUGCACCUGGUGCAUCUGGAGACAGAGGGCCUCCUGGCCCCGUGGGGCCUCCUGGCCUGACAGGUCCUGCAGGUGAACCUGGAAGAGAGGGCAGCCCCGGUGCUGAUGGACCCCCAGGCAGAGAUGGUGCAGCUGGAGUCAAGGGUGAUCGCGGUGAGACUGGCGCACUGGGUGCUCCUGGAGCUCCCGGGCCCCCAGGAGCUCCUGGCCCUGCUGGUCCAACUGGCAAACAAGGAGACAGAGGAGAGUCUGGUGCACAAGGACCUAUGGGCCCCUCAGGCCCCGCUGGAGCCCGUGGAAUCCCAGGCCCUCAAGGCCCCCGAGGUGACAAAGGAGAAUCUGGAGAGCCUGGCGAGAGGGGAGUGAAGGGACACCGAGGCUUCACUGGACUGCAGGGUCUGCCUGGCCCUCCGGGUCCCUCUGGAGAUCAAGGUGCUUCUGGCCCAGCUGGUCCCUCUGGCCCGAGAGGUCCACCUGGCCCCGUUGGUCCCUCUGGCAAAGAUGGCUCUAAUGGAAUCCCUGGCCCCAUUGGACCUCCUGGUCCCCGUGGACGUUCAGGAGAAACUGGCCCUGCUGGUCCUCCUGGAAAUCCUGGUCCCCCUGGCCCUCCAGGCCCUCCUGGUCCUGGCAUUGACAUGUCAGCCUUUGCCGGCUUAGGCCAGAGAGAGAAGGGCCCUGAUCCCCUGCAGUACAUGCGUGCCGAUGAGGCAGCCAGUUCCCUGAGGCAGCAUGAUGUUGAGGUGGAUGCCACACUCAAGUCACUCAAUAACCAGAUUGAGAGCAUCCGAAGCCCCGAUGGCUCCCGCAAGAAUCCUGCUCGCACCUGCCAAGACCUGAAACUCUGCCACCCAGAGUGGAAGAGUGGAGACUACUGGAUCGACCCCAACCAAGGAUGUACCUUGGAUGCUAUGAAAGUUUUCUGCAACAUGGAGACAGGCGAGACUUGCGUCUACCCCAACCCAGCAACUGUGCCGAAGAAGAACUGGUGGAGCAGCAAGGGCAAGGAGAAGAAGCACAUCUGGUUUGGAGAGACCAUGAGCGGCGGCUUCCACUUCAGCUAUGGCGAUGGCCACCUGGCUCCCAACACUGCUAACGUCCAGAUGACUUUCCUGCGUCUACUGUCCACCGAGGGCUCCCAGAACAUCACUUACCACUGCAAGAACAGCAUUGCCUACCUGGAUGAAGCAGCCGGCAACCUCAAAAAGGCCUUGCUCAUCCAAGGCUCUAAUGACGUGGAGAUGAGGGCUGAGGGCAACAGCAGGUUCACAUACACUGCCCUGAAGGACGGCUGCACGAAACACACCGGUAAGUGGGGCAAGACUGUCAUCGAGUACCGGUCACAGAAGACCUCACGCCUCCCCAUCAUUGAUAUUGCACCCAUGGACAUUGGAGGGCCUGAACAGGAAUUUGGUGUGGACAUAGGGCCUGUCUGCUUCUUGUAAAACCCUGAAUCCAAAAACAAUACAAUCCAUUGCCAACCCAAAGGACCCAAGUAUUUUCCAACCCCAGUCACUCCAGGAUCUGCACUGAAUGGCUAACCUGACCUGACGUCCAUUCAUCGACCCUCACAGUUUGGACUAUUUUUCCCUUUCUGAGAGACCUGAACUGGCAGACUGCAAAAUAAAAUCUCGGUGUUCUAUUUAUUUAUUGUCUUCCUGCAAGACCUUUGGGUCAAGGCAGAGGCAGGGAACUAACUGGUGUGAGUCAAAUGCCCCCUGAGUGGCUGCCCCCAGCCCAGCCAGAAGACCCCCACAGGUGCUGGGCACAGGAACUGUGUGUCCUACACAAUGGUGCUAUUCUGUGUCAAACACCUCUGUAUUUUUAAAAACAUCAAUUGAUAUUAAAAACCAAAAAAUUAUUGGAAAGAACA